AUUUUUCACAACCAUAUGAUUAUCGAACAAUUAUUUUCUGUAGAGUCACGCUGACUAUUUCCAAAGUACAUGCAUGAUUGGAUUCUAUCAUGUAUUCAAUUUGAUGUUUUUCAUCAAUAUUUUAAUAGAUCUUCCAAGUAUAAUUUGCGGUUGGAUCCUAUAUAUAUAUAUAUAUAUGCUUUUCUCUUUUCAACAAAUAUCAGAUCAUCCCUUUGCUCAUUCAGAAAUUCUCAGUUGAAGAGCAAGCUUCAUUAGUCUGGAAGCUUUUGAGCAGCAUCCCCACGAAUAUAGUGGCUAAACUCAUUCCCUGGCUAGCGUCCUCCUUGUCACUUGAUGAAUGUCAGCAUCUGUACAAGUGCUUAAGUAUGAUAGUACCAGCCGAGAAGCUUCUCCAAGAGGUCAUUUUCACCUGGAUGGAAGGGAAAGACAAUUGUGCUGGCAUGACAGCUGAUCGAAAAGAUGAUACAAGUUGUGCAUAUGAGUUCAAUGGGGUGUAUCCAAUAGAUGAUACGUUGCUUUGGCAUCAUGCUAUUGAGACAGAGUUGAAUGAAACACUUGCGGAAGAGAAGAAGAAGUCUAUUUCUGGAGAUGUUAUUAAUUAUGAUUUACUGGCUUUCUAUGACAGGCUGCAAUUUAUUGCUGAAAUUUGCAUGUUUCACAGUAUUGCUGAGGAAACGGUUCUAUAUCCUGCAGUGUAUGGAGAAAUUUCAAUUUUCCAUGAGCACAGAAAUGAAGUAAAUCUAACCAAUGAGUUUAGGUGUUUGCUCGGAAGUUUAAAAAGUGCAUCAACAAUUCCUUCCACAGCUGCUGAAUUUCAUUCAAAGAUAUGCUCCCGUGCUGAUCAAAUAAUGAAAACUUUAAAGGUGCAUUUCCAUGAUGAGGAAGUUGAGGUACUUCCACUUGUUCGAAAGCACUUGAGCAUUAAAAGACAACAGGAAGUUCUGCAUCAGAGUUUGUGUGUGAUGCCCUUGAAACUAAUUGAGCGUGUCUUGCCAUGGCUGGUAAAGUCAUUGACUGCAAAUGAAGCCCAGAAUUUUGUCAAUAACAUGCAGUUGGCAGCUCCAGCAUCAGAUAUCGCACUGGUGCAGCUCUUUUGUGGUUGGGCUAGCAAGGCUUCUAAUGACUGCUUAUGCUCAUCUAGUUCCUUGCAUAUCAACUCUAUGUCACCAUCACAUUCAGUUUGUGAAAAAUUCAAUAGCUGUUCCACCACUGGAACACCUGCACAACCAAUAGAUGUUGUUUUUAAAGUUCAUAAGGCCAUACUCCGUCACUUGGAAUAUCUAGACAUUGAAUCUGAAAGGCUUAGUAACUGUGAUGAAAUAUUUCUUCAGCAGUUCAUUGAAAGUUUCUGUUUGUUAUGGGGCUUAUAUAGAGCUCAUAGUAAUGCAGAGGAUUUUGUAUUGUAUCCGGCAAUGGAAUCCAGAGACGCACUUCAAAAUGUAAGUCACUCCUACACACUUGAUAAUAAGCAAGAGGAAGAUGCAUUUGAAAAUAUUUCAGGUGUUCUUCUUGAGCUUUCUCACCUUCACAGAGGUACAAGAGCUGGUGCCCCCAUAAGUGAAUGUGUGGGAAAGUACUAUGAGCUGGCAAACAAGCUUCGAAUAAUGUUCAUGUCGCUAAGAAUGAUGGUAGAUGAGCACAUGUACCGGGAAGAGCUUGAGCUGUGGCCAUUAUUUGGAGCACACUUCUCUGUGGAGGAGCAAAACAAAAUGAUCGGUUUCAUACUGGGGACUACAGGUGCUGAAGUUCUCCAAUCUAUGUUACCAUGGGUUACUUCUGCACUUACUGAGGAUGAACAGAGUAAAAUGAUGGAUACCUUCAAGAAUGUUACAAAAAAUACAAUGUUCAAGGAGUGGCUUAGUGAAUGCGGGAAAGGAAGCUCACUGUCAACUCUACCGCCUAAACCAGAAACUAGCAUUUUCAUAAAAGGUACUGGAUUUGAAGAAAGCCAUCACCAAAUUGAUCAUACUUUCAACUCUCAUACGCGGAAUAACUUGAAGCAUCAAAUGACUAGUUACUGGAUUGCUGCUCAGCAGAGUUUAACUAUAGCAAUAGCAGUGGAUAGUUCAAAUAGUGAACAGUUAGGGGGACUGUCACCAAUGUUUCGAGAUCAUGAGAAAACAGUGUAUGGCUGCCAGCAUUACAAGAGAAACUGCAAACUCCUAGCUGCUUGCUGCGGCAAACUGUUCACUUGUAGAUUUUGCCAUGACAUUAUGAGCGACCACCCAAUGGAUAGGAAAGCAACAUCCAAAAUGAUGUGUAUGAGCUGUCUUAAUAUUCAGCCAGUUGGGUCAGUAUGCUCGACAGCUUCUUGCAAUGGAUUUCCAAUGGCAAAAUAUUAUUGUAAUAUUUGCAACCUCUUUGAUGAUGACAGGAAUGUCUACCACUGUCCAUUUUGCAACUUAUGCCGAGUAGGGAAGGGCCUUGGCAUUGAUUAUUUUCACUGCAUGUCGUGCAAUUGUUGCAUGGGGAUGGCUUCAGUGAACCACAAGUGCCAGGAGAAAUGUCUAGAAACCAACUGCCCUGUCUGCAAUGAGUUCUUAUUCACAUCAAGUUCAAGAAUCAAAGCUUUACCAUGUGGCCAUUGUAUGCAUUUAGCUUGCUUCAAGACUUGCACUCAGAGCAACAGUCAAUACACUUGUCCAGUUUGCAGCAAAUCUUCAGGAGCUACGAUGGUAAUAAAAAUGACAUCAACUCAAUCCUCACUACUUGUGGAUGGUGAUGAGACCAUGGAAUUUUAUAGCUAUGACCAAAAAACUGAAAUGGCUUCAUGCACUGAUAUUAAUCCUGAAGGGGGAUUUUUCAUGCGCACGAGCUUCUGGGUAAAUAUUUUAUAUCAGCUUGUCUUAUGGUUUGAACACCUUAAUGGAAGACUAGUUGUACCAAGAUUCCUGCAAAGAUUAAAAAGGGGAUUGGAGAAUGGAGUAGCAGGACAGAAGGCUAAAGAGAGGUGUGUGUUGUGUUGUGUGGUGCUCUGCGGUCUGGUGUUGUUUUGUGUCUUAAGUACUCUUCUAAUUUUGCUUGGGUUCAAAGCAUUAGGAAGAAACAAGUACAUUCAACUAUUGUAGUGCAGACAAUGAUUUUUCCCCAAAUAAAGAAUUUAUAAGAUGGGGUUUCAAAUUGUUCCUUGAAUAAAGUCCUGUGGUAUGCGGACUUUUUUGCUCUGUACUCUGUAAUUUUUCUGUGUUUUCUGUGUUUUUGAGCGAACAUAUGUAUGUUAGUGUAACUUUAUGUGUGAGAGACUUAUAUUUACGGCGGGCCACUU